AUGACCCGGAGAAAGGUGAAACUUGCUUUCUUGAGCAAUGAUUCCCAGAGGAAGACAUCAUAUAGGAAAAGAAAGAAGUCACUGCUGAAGAAAACUGAGGAAAUAUGCACCCUUUGUGGGAUUGAUGCAUGUGCUAUAGUUUAUGGCCUUGAUGAUCCUGAGCCAGUGAUUUGGCCAUCUAAAUCAGGUGUCCAAAAUUUGCUGAGAAGAUUCAGGACACUGCCUGAGUGGGAGCAGACGAGGAAGAUGGUGGAUCAAGUGAGUUUCAUCCAACAAAGCAUCACCAAAGAGAAGGAGAAGAUGAAGAAGCUAGUGAAGGAGAACAAGGACAAAGAAAUGACCUUAUUGAUGUAUCAGUGUCUCAAUGAAGGGAGGGUUGUGGCUGAUAAUAACAUGACAACAGCUGAUUUUUGUGUCCUUUCAUCGGUGAUCGACCAGAACCUGAGGGAGAUUACCAGAAGGUUGGAAACUUUGAAUAUUGGAGAGAUGACACCGCAUCAACCACAGAUUGAACCUGCAUCAAACCAACCCCAGAUGCAACCACCAGCACCAGAAGUGGCUCCAACCGAGGAAAUGAGUCUGUUGAAUUAUGACCGAGGGUUGGAUAUGAUCAAUGCUAACCCUUUGCAAAACGAACAGUGGUUUAUGGACUUCUUUAAUGAUAACAGGGAUGAGACAACAUUUUGGCCUAAUCCAUUUAUUUGA